CCCCCAGGCCAUGUGGCUGUACCUGGCGCUGGCAGGGGCACACAAAUGGGGGUCAGGCAGGGUGGGGGUCCCACAGACCGGGGGUCCCACAUGUCCCCUGUCCCCCCCAGGCCAUGUGGCUGUACCUGGCGCUGCUGGCCCUGCUCUGGGCUCUGGGCUGGCUGCUGCGGGACCGCCGCACGCUGCCCACGGUCAGCGACAAGCACGUCUUCAUCACCGGCUGCGACAGCGGCUUCGGCAACCUGCUGGCGCGGCGGCUGGCCCGGAGCGGCUACCGGGUGCUGGCGGCCUGCCUGACCCCGCAGGGCGCCGAGAGCCUCCGCGGGGCCUGCGCCGGCACCCAGCUCAGCACCACCCUGCUGGAUGUCACCCAGCCCGACAGCGUCCGCCGCGCCGCCGAGUGGGUGCGCAGCCAGGUGGGCGAGAAAGGGCUGUUCGGGCUGGUGAACAACGCCGGCGUGGCCAGCCCCAUGGGCCCCACGGAGUGGAUGGACAUGGAGGAUUUCCGCCGGGUCAUGGCCGUCAACGCCUUCGGCGCCAUCGAGGUGACGCUGGCGCUGCUGCCGCUGCUGAAGCGCGCGCGGGGCCGCGUGGUCAACACCUCCAGCGUGCUGGGCCGCGUCUCGGCCAACGGCGGCGGCUACUGCCCCUCCAAGUUCUGCAUCGAGGCCUUCUCCGACAGCCUGCGGCGGGACAUGUGGCACUUCGGGGUCAAGGUCAGCGUGGUGGAGCCGGGCUUCUUCAAGACCAACGCCACGGACGUGAGCGCGCUGGAGGCGUCGCUGCGGCAGCGCUGGGAGCGCCUGGAGCCGGCCACGCGCAGCAGCUACGGGGAGCACUUCCUGCCCCAGUACCUGCGGCUGCAGCGGCGGCUGCUGGCGCUGCUGUGUGACCCGGACCUGGCCAAGGUGUCGCGCUGCGUGGAACACGCGCUGCGGGCGCGGCACCCGCGGAGCCGCUACAGCGCGGGCUGGGACGCCAAACUGCUCUGGCUGCCCGCGUCCUACCUGCCCGCCGUGCUGCUGGACCUGGCGCUGGCCCUGAUCCUGCCCCGGCCGGCCGCGAGUGGGUCCUGAGACCCCAGACCCAAUUACCGACCCCAGACCCAACUGGGGACCCCACAAACGUGGGCAAUAAACGGCACAAACCCA